AUGAUUAGAAGAAGUAAUUUCUUGGAACCACCGUCUCUGAUGACGUCACUUCCCGAAGACAUCAUGGUUGACAUCUUAGCGCGUGUACCGAGAUGCGACUAUCCAGUACUCUCCCUAGUUUCUAAGCACUUCCGAUCACUCGUUGCGUCGCCAGAGAUAUACGAGAGGCGAUCAUUGUUAGGUUGCACCGAACACUAUCUCUAUGUUCCCCUCUAUAACAUAAAAACUAGUGAUUUCCGUUUGUAUAUUCUCCGCCGGAAAGCAAAUAGCCGCUUUGUCCUUAUUCCUUCGCUUCCUGCUCUGCCGCCUGGUGGAAGUUUUGUUGCGGUGGGCUCGAGGAUAUAUGUGUUCGGUGGGAUUAACAAUGUCAAUAGGAAAACGAGUGCGCUAACCAUCGAUUGUAGAUCUCACACGGUGCGACCUCUCCCCAGCGUACCUAUGAUAAUUUCUCAUACAAUCGCAGACAUGAUCGACGGGAGAAUAUAUGUCAUUGGAAAUAGCUAUUGUGACGAUGACCCGAAGAAGGUGAUGGAGGUGUUCAAUACAGAAACACAAAAGUGGGAGGAGCCUAGGGUUAUAAAGGCAGACAUUCAUCUAAGUGCCACAAAAGAUGAGACAUUCUUACAUAGCUUCGCCAAUCUCUUGCCAUAA